AUGGUGGCCAUUAAUCAACCGGUUAAUAUCAUGAACAACACCUCCACAAACUUCAGUGACAAUUAUGAAGUCCGUGAAGAGCUUGGAAAAGGUGCUUUUUCGGUGGUCAGGCGUUGCAUUCAGAAAAAAACUGGGUUGGAAUUUGCAGCCAAAAUAAUCAAUACAAAGAAACUUUCUACUAGGGAUACUUUGUUUUCGUUUUAUUGUUCUCUUUCUGCCAAUUUAGACUUUCAAAAGCUGGAACGGGAAGCUAGAAUUUGUCGGAAGCUACAACAUCCUAAUAUUGUUCGGUUGCAUGACAAUAUUCAGGAAGAGGCGUUUCAUUAUCUCGUCUUCGAUCUCGUAACAGGCGGGGAACUAUUCGAAGACAUUGUCGCUCGCGAAUUUUACAGCGAAGCUGACGCUAGUCACUGCAUACAACAAAUACUAGAAUCAAUUGCGUAUUGCCAUCAGAAUAAUAUAGUGCAUAGGGAUUUGAAGCCCGAAAAUCUUUUGCUGGCUAGUAAGACUAAAGGAGCUGCUGUCAAGCUCGCGGAUUUUGGUCUUGCUAUUGAGGUUUCUGGUGAUACAGAAGCUUGGUUUGGUUUUGCUGGUACACCUGGUUACCUCUCUCCCGAGGUACUUAAGAAAGAUCCAUACGGGAAGCCUGUGGACAUUUGGGCUUGUGGAGUAAUUCUCUAUAUUCUUCUUGUCGGAUAUCCGCCUUUCUGGGAUGAGGACCAACAUAGAUUGUAUUCGCAGAUUAGAGCUGGUGCUUAUGAUUAUCCUAGCCCAGAAUGGGACACAGUCACACCGGAAGCAAAAAGCUUGAUUGACAGUAUGCUUACAGUUAAUCCCAAGAAACGUAUCACAGCGGAGCAAGCACUCAAAGUUUCGUGGAUCUGCGUGCGUUAUUUUGUGAAUUGCAUUUUAACUGCCGAUAAUCGUGAACGUGUCGCUUCAGUUAUGCACAGGCAAGAUACUGUCGAUUGUCUUAGGAAAUUCAAUGCAAGACGGAAGCUGAAGGUUAGUUUUUUUAAACCUUUUUUAUUAAUGCAUCAUAAACUUUCUAAUGAUGAAAUAAAGUUUUUCUUGUGA